CACGAGCGGAAGGAAGAGGAGCUGCAGCUGAAAGGUGAUAUAGGCCCGUCAGGUUGUCCCACGCCCAGGACGUGUCGGCAGGCCACUUCCAUCUUCCCACAGCCCCAGCCAGCCCGAAUGCAGUAGGCGCGUCCAAGAAGAACUCGUCCCGCCAGCAGGUGCCCCCCCCCCCCCCGAUGAUCCCAAGGGCCCGCAGAAGCUCCAGGGAACCCUCGCAUCCCCAAAGAUCGACGACGAAUGUGCCUCAAGCCGCCUCGUUGUCAGGCGGAUUCUCGUGGUGCCCAUUGUAUGACCAAUAUGUGGCCAGUGGGCUUCAGCAGAGAUGAGGUAGGAUCGCUGCGAUGCCCCCUCGGAAACUUGUUGCGCGGCCUGCCCCAGCUCAGUCCGCGAGACCCCCUCGAUCCUCCCAGGGUCUGGCCACGACCCAUCGAACAGAUCCAUCCGCUGAUUCUGACCGCUUCCGUCGGCCAGAACACAGCCUCUCAUCUGAAUGCAGCCAGGUGGAAGAUCCCACGACCAGGGAAUGUCGUACGGCAGUCGCCAGUCGCUUCUCACAAUGUCAGCGUUCCCGAACCCAGCUCUUCUGCCUGAAUGUGAGAUCUGGCCAGUGUCUCGCUGGUGCGUGUUAGCAGAGUGACGACCGCACUUGACAAUCACACCCAGCACGCUGCUGUGCCGCACAGGGGCGAGUUCCGCGGCCCGGCCUGGAUCCGUUCACCAGACAUUUCCAAUCAGUGGGUGGUGGGGCCAACAACAUAUCUUCGAAGUGCUCCCGUUUAGAGUUUGGCCGUUCAGGGCUUCCCAGAUCCAGAAGGGAAGACAGGCCCACGGGAUUGUCACCGCUCCAGCAGUUCAGAGCCCAGCUCCACAUUUGAGUUGGGUCUGGCCAAAUGGGCUUCUCAGGUACACGCAUAAGGGCAUGCUCAUCAUGUCUCCACCACACCAGGCCAGGUCUCACACUCGCAUGUGGACCUGGACAGAAAUUUGGGCUCGGCCAUCAGUAUCACCAUCACACUGGAUCCGAAACUGGUCAGGCAUCGCCGACUUCGGAAAUUCUGGGCCCGUCUGAGAAGCCUCUCUCUCAGGAUCUUUGGAGAGUCUUCGGUGGUCUUCCUGAAAUUCUGUUCGGCCGCUUUGGGGACACUUUACAGCACUCUUUGAUCCACCCAGGAGGCCAGCGACCCUAUGGGAAUCAAUAUUUAUUAGAGCCGGAGAAAUCGCCCCUUGGGGCUGUAUUUGAUAAUUGCGGGUGUUAGGGCCUCUCUUUUGGCAAGUCCGCCGCCAUCUGCGGCGCAGUAUUUGAGCACUCUAGGCCAGCCCCCGUAAGGAGGCUCACCGGAUCAUUAUAUAGUCGUGUUGAAUGGACUGAUCCGCUCGGCCACCUACACCCGGAGAGUUGAUGGUAUAGAAAGGAACGGUUUGCACGUCACAAGUCCAAGCGCAGUGUCGAAGCGAACCCUAGCAGUUGAUCACCAUCCCGCGGCAAAUCCUUGGUUCAUAGGCCUUCGGAUCCCGUGCGCCAGUCAAGUUGAAGCGUCCUCCUAUAAGCUCUUGCGGCAGACAUGGUGCUUAUUUCGAAGAAGAACCGCAAGAUCAUCUUGGAGCACCUGUUCAAGGAGGGGGUUAUGUGCGUCAAGCACGACCCCAGCGCCUGCAAGCACAACGAGCUCGAGGACAUCCCAAACCUGCACGUCAUGAUGGUCCUGAGGUCCCUGGCCUCCCGCAGCUACCUCUCGGAGAAGUUCAACUGGCAGUGGCACUACUACUUCCUCACCAACGAGGGCAUCGAGUACCUCCGCGAGGUCCUCCACCUCCCCGCCGAGGUGCAACCCUCCACCCUCACCAAGAUGCGGCCGUCGCGCCCCGCGCUGGGCGGCGGCGACGGCGGCGGCGACGAGAAGGGCAAGGGCAAGGCGAGCGACUUUGAGCUCUCGUGCCGCUUCGCGCCUCAGAAGCGUGGGACCACGAAGAGGCCCAGUAGCGGCCAGCGCAGCGAGAACAGUGGCACCCCCGGCAGCCCCAAUGGCGGCCGCGCCGCCGACGACGCCGGCGCAGAGGAGCGCUCGCGGUCCAUCGCCCGUGACCCGCUGGCGAAGCGGCUGAAGCUCGACCGCCCCGCGCCGCGUGGCAGGGACGCGGGCGGCCAGCAGGGGCAGCCGCUGGAGAUGGCAAAAUGGUGCUGGUACGGCAUGGAGUGCACCAAGCCAAACUGCUGGUUCCUCCACCCGGAGGGCUACGACUUCAAGGCGGCUAAGCUCUUGCGCUACGCCGAUGGGGUAGUCAAGAACAUGACUGCCACUGCUCGCAGCCUCCACCGCGGACAUGAAGAGCCUUGCCGAGGCGAGCCCAGAGAUAGCCUCAGCUGCCCAGCAGGCUCAGGGGCGGCCUAAACCACCCGCCGGUAAACCGACCCCUCCUGCUCAGCCCCGAGGCACCCGUCAGCCUGGAUCAGCCACGCGCAGAAGGGGGGUUGGGGCGAGAGGGGAGGACUUUUUAGAAGCACUCCCGCUUCUUAGAAGGCGUGGGCUUUAUUUAUAGACUUAAGGCUGGUGCCUUCUAAGAAUCAGCCUCCUUCUAAGAAGACUUCCCCCCUUCCUCCACCUCCGCCCCCUGGAACGCGCCGCCAACCUGCUCAGCGCCGACGCACC